UAUCCGACAGUCACCGGGAUCAGGUUGAUCAGGAGACUUGUGCUAAGUUUUAUCGUUUACCACAUGUUGAUUAAUUAAAUAGAAAUAUAAUAUCGUGGCCGAAAUCAUUAUUUGAGGCUACCGUCGUUCGUUUCCUAAUUUCGUCAACGCAAAAAUUCCAUAAAGGUGAUUUCCUGCGUAAAGAGAACGAAGUUACGUCACGCACCAGCAAGAUAUCGCGUGUCGAGCAGACCGUGUUCCCCCGUACGUCUCCUCGAGUACAAAGUGUUUCUGCUUUCUUUGCUUACACUCUUAUAUCUGUCAAAAUCGGAAAGUCACGCACGCGCUAGACUUUCGCAAACGAGUGUUUAGAUAACCAUUGGUGCAUAACCUAUAAACGAUCGUGACUCGAAAAGCAAUCGUGAAUGUUGGUAGUUGUUGCAGCUAGUACCUCCUGUCAAUCAUUUUUGAGGUCGAAAAAGAUUUGAAAUUAAAAUCUUCAAUAUCUAACGAGAAGUUAGUAGGAAGAAAAAAAUUUUCAGUAUUUCCCUGCGUUGGGAUAUUCGAUCGAAAAUAUUUUUUGACGUUAAGUAGUCACUGGGAAAUUAGUCAAAAUUCCGGUCCCCACUAGGAAACGAGAAGGUCCGCAACAAACCGGCGGCAGAAAUCUAUCAACCACUGGCGAAGAAUCCUCGUCGAGUGGCAAAAUGAAUAGCAAAAGAAAGAAUCGUUCAAAUACAAACAGAUCACCCCGAGCUCGUGGUCCACAAGAAAAGUGUGUUGCUGCUGAAGGUGUAUAUAAUAAUGCCCAUUUCAUGCAUGCAAUAACCAGUCACGUAGGCAAUAUUGUACAGAUACAAACAUUGAAUGGUUCGAUAUAUGAAGGUAUUUUUCGCACCUUCUCAAGCCAGUUUGAUGUUGUCUUAGAAAUGGCACAUCGUGUAGAAGGUUCGGGAAAAAUUAGUGUGGAAAGUGUAGUAGAAAAAUUAAUUUUUAAGCCACAAGAUAUUAUUACUAUGUCUGCCAAGGAUGUUGAUUUAGAUUAUGCUAUACGUGAUACCUUUAGAACAGACACUGUUAUUAGUAAAUAUAAUGGUUUAAUUGGUGAAAAGGAAUUGGAACCAUGGGAUGCACCUCCUGCUACUAUGAAUGGAGAUGACUUAAAAUUAGAUGGCACAACAAAUGGUUGGGAUGCCAAUGACAUGUUUCGUAAAAAUGAACAAAAGUAUGGAGUACAAACAACAUACGAACCAACUUUGGCUGCUUAUACGUUGCCACUUCAGAAAAAAGAUACAAAAGAUUACAAAGAGCAAGAACAAAAAGCUGCAGAAAUUGCAAAUGAAAUAGAGUCACAACCAAAUUACAAAGCAAGAUUAGAACUUGAAAAUGGUGAUGAAGAGGAAAGAUUUGCAGCUGUGGUACGACCCACUGAAGGUAAAUAUAUUCCACCUCCACUGAAAAAGAAAAAUGGGAAUAAUGCAAAGCUGAUGAGAUCUACUGAACCUCCACCCUCACCAGGACCUACAGCCACCAAUAAAAAUGUUUUUAGUCAACAAUCUUCUUCUAAUGUAAAUGUGAACAUUCCCCCAACCUCAAAUCUGCCAAUUGGAAUGCAAAGCGCUCAUCCUUCAGUACAACACCCGGUAUCAUUAAACAUGGGAAUGCCACCUAGUGGAGUAGUAGUUACAUACAACAAUCCUCCACCACCAUUUGUGCCUCCACCAACAACACAACCACCACCACCAGUAUCUGUGAUUCAGCAAUCACAGCCACAAGCAACACCUUCUGUACCACAAGUCAAUUUUCCAUCACAACAACAACAGACACCUUCAUCUAAAUUAAAUACUGAAAAACGUGAACGACCAGGUAGACAACAGGUGUAUCAAGCUGAUAAAGCGCCACCAGCACCAUUUCCCCAAACAAAUGUUGCCACUUCUCACCAACAGCAACAAUCAUCACAUCAACAGCAUAGUCAAUUACAACAGCAAAAUUCAGUUGAAGGACAACGGUGUGAAAUAGUUUCACAUAAGUCAGAUCAUAGAAAGGUACCAACGCCACGUAGUAGAGAAGAGCAACAUUCAGAACUGAGGCAAUUUGCUUCAGAUUUUAAGUUAGCAGAAACAUCAACGCAAGAUACACCACCUGUUAGCAGAAAGCAACAGCAGCAUCAACAUCAGCAAGAUACUCAUUCUUCGCCUCAAGUUACUCAGACACAUCAUCAAUCACCUCAUCAGCAUACAUCGCCACAACAAUCGCAGCAACAACCGCAACAGCAACAACAUUCAAACCCUCCACAACAACAACAGCAAUCACAUCAAAAUCAAACUGUUUCAGAAGAAACUGUGGUCACCAGUAAACCACCGCCAGGUCCAUUACCUUUACGACCUACAAGUCCUUCUCAAUCACAACAACAACAGACUUCUACAAAUUCAACCACUGUGUCACAAGCUACUCAAGAAGCAACUGUUGAUAAAAUUACAACAGCUUUUAAGAAAUCAACAUUAAAUCCAAAUGCUAAAGAAUUUAAUCCCAAUACUAAACCUUUCACACCGCGAUCUCCAAGUACACCAACACCAAGUAGACCACACACUCCACAAACACCUCAGUACACUGGAGCAACAAUGCCUGCGACCGUAGUUAUGCCAGCGUAUGUAAUGACUAGCCAACCACCAACUGCGUUCAGUCAACCACCGGCUCAACCUGUGACAAGGUUCCGGAAGGGUCAGUAUCUAGUACCAGUAAUGCAUGCGCAACAUCGUGCGCAAGAUAUAGCUUCUCAGAUGCAAGUAGUAGCGGCAACUGGACAACCUUUAAUGGCACCGGCCCCUUUACACCCACCAUUCCAAGUGCCUUAUCCUGGUCAACCGGCAUAUCAACAGAUGGUACGCAUGGUUCAGGCACCACCACCACCGCCACAUAUGGCAACACCUUAUCAUCAUCAUGAUUCACCAGGACCUCAGGCUCCUAGUAUUCAGUACAUGGGUCCACAUACACAUCCACACCCUCAUGUUGCUCAACAACCACCAAGUCAAACUCCCUCCCCAGCUAAUCCUAAUCCACCACACACACCAGGCACUUAUAAUCCUCCUGGUACUCCACAACCCACAUAUCCUCCACCACCUCCUCAAGGCCAUGCUCCAAGUUAUCCAAUAAUGUGUCCUAUAAUUCCUCCUCAUAUACCGAUACCACCGCAGCACAUGCAAUACCUACCGCCGCAACCACCUCCAGGAGCGCAGCAAACUAUACCAGUGAUUUUGCCGCACAAUCAGUAGCUGCAAUCAGAAAUGGAUGAAAGA